ACAGAUUUUGCCAGCAGCCACGAAGCAGGGCCCUUUGGUAAUAAAAUAGCCAAUGUAAUUUGACACUUCAACUUGCUCUCCUCUCUGCGAGUUGAUUCACUUAUUCUCCCACUAACACCGAGCUCCUUUUCACUGUCUGUGGGCUUUUUUUAUAUAAAAAAGGCGAGAAAUAAUAGAAUUUUUUGGAAAAAAAUUGAACAUUUAAAAAGCCACCUGAAGCAGACCUGCAAAUCCACUGGAGGAAGAGAGAGGGGAUAUUUUCCUGUCGCCUGCUUUCUUCCCUAUGAUUUUCUCCUCGCUUGCAAACCUUGCUGUUUUUCCUCUCACCGCCCCCUCCCCCGAUCUGGAGGAAGGACCUUGUACGUUGUGGAUGCAACUGGAGCACCAGCCUCUCUUCCUCCUUUUCUCCCUGCUUGUCAAGAGCGAAUUAACAGUGGCCUCUUCAGAGAGUUAAAAGAAUGUGUUUAAGAAAUUAACUGCAUGAGAUCCGUUCGCCAACGAUUUGUGCAGCUCGCCAGCAUUCUUGAGUGUGGGACUCAAAUCCAGACGUGUAGUUUGCAUUCCUCAAUGCUGAAAGGCCUAAAGGACAACACAUUUGUUAUGUGAAGCAACAAAGAGCCUACUCAUCAGCUCCUGUGGGGUAGGAGGUGAACGUGGAAUACUUCGCUUGAGAGAUUUUAAUGGCUUUCAGGUAGAAUCCAAGUGGGAGACAAUCACAAUGAAUUCUAUGGACAGGCACAUACAGCAAACCAAUGAUCGGCUGCAGUGCAUAAAACAGCACUUACAGAAUCCUGCCAACUUCCACAAUGCAGCUACAGAACUUUUGGACUGGUGUGGUGACCCAAGAGCAUUCCAGAGGCCCUUCGAACAGAGCCUGAUGGGUUGUUUGACGGUUGUUAGCCGAGUGGCAGCACAGCAGGGCUUCGACUUGGACCUCGGAUACAGGCUGCUGGCCGUUUGUGCAGCGAACAGGGACAAGUUCACGCCAAAAUCAGCUGCGUUGCUCUCAUCGUGGUGUGAGGAGCUGGGACGGCUCUUGCUGCUGCGUCACCAGAAAAGCCGGCAAAACGACCCCCCAGGGAAGCUCCCUAUGCAGCCACCCAUGAACUCAAUGAGCUCCAUGAAACCCUCCCUUUCACAUAGGUGCAUAUGUGACGGAUGCCACCUUGACAGACCCCAGAGAUUGAAACGGGGACCUCCAGAGCUGAAAGCUGAUGGGUCUUUCCCUUAUGAUUCUGUUCCAUGGCAGCAAAACACCAAUCAACCUCCAGGUUCUUUGUCAGUGGUCACUACAGUAUGGGGUGUGACUAACACUUCCCAGAGCCAGGUGCUGGGCAAUCCCAUGGCAAAUGCAAACAAUCCCAUGAACCCAGCAGGAAACCCUAUGGCUUCAGGGAUGACCACCAGCAACCCCAGCAUGAAUUCGCCGCAGUUUGCUGGGCAGCAGCAGCAGUUCUCAGCCAAGGCAGGCUCCAACCAGCCGUACAUACAGCAGAGCAUGUAUGGUCGUCCCAACUACCCGGGGAGUGGAGGUUUUGGGGGAAGCUAUCCAGGAGGCCCUAACAACCCUGCAGGAAUGGGGAUCCCACCCCACACCAGGCCGCCUGCCGAUUUCACUCAGCCAGCUGCCGCCGCUGCCGCCGCCGCCGUCGCAGCAGCCGCGGCCACUGCCACAGCCACAGCCACGGCAACCGUAGCAGCCCUACAAGAAACGCAGAACAAGGAAAUGAACCAAUAUGGACCGGUUUGUUCCUCUUUCCAGAUGGGUCCAACUCAAGCGUACAACAGCCAGUUCAUGAACCAGCCUGGCCCUCGAGGCCCGGCUUCCAUGCCAGGCAGCAUGAACCCAGCAACCAUGGGAGCAGGCAUGACGCCUUCCAAUAUGAGCGGGCCCCCUAUGGGCAUGAGCCAGCCCAGGCCGCCUGGAAUGAGUCCCUUCAACCAUGGGCAAAGGAUGCCCCAGCAGGCCUACCCCGGUCCACGUCCCCAGUCUUUACCCAUGCAAGGCAUGAAGAGACCGUAUCCAGGAGAGCCAAAUUACGGAAACCAGCAGUAUGGACCAAAUAGCCAGUUUCCAUCCCAGCCUGGUCAGUAUCCAGCUCCCAACCCUCCAAGACCCCUUACAUCUCCCAACUACCCUGGACAAAGGAUGCCAAGCCAACAAAACACAGGGCAAUAUCCUCCUCCAACGGUCAACAUGGGGCAGUAUUAUAAGCCAUCAAGACCUGUUCCUGUGGCAAAUUACCCUCACUCGCCUGUUCCGGGAAACCCCACACCACCCAUGACUCCAGGGAGCAGUAUUCCUCCAUACCUUUCCCCGAAUCAGGACGUCAAACCACCAUUCCCGCCUGACAUUAAGCCAAAUAUCAAUGCUUUACCACCGCCUCCAAAUGCUAAAGGGAAAGUUCACACUUUCUCUCCCUCUUCGAUCCCAGCCAACCACAACGAUGAGCUGCGCCUGACGUUCCCGGUGAGAGAUGGGGUCGUGUUAGAGCCCUUCCGGCUGGAACACAACCUGGCAGUCAGCAACCACGUCUUUCACCUACGGCCCACUGUCCACCAGACACUGAUGUGGAGGUCGGACCUGGAACUCCAGUUCAAAUGCUAUCACCAUGAAGACCGGCAGAUGAACACCAACUGGCCAGCAUCAGUCCAGGUCAGCGUCAACGCAACGCCGCUCACCAUUGAACGGGGUGAUAACAAGACAUCGCACAAACCCCUGCAUCUCAAGCACGUCUGCCAGCCAGGAAGAAACACAAUUCAAAUUACAGUUACAGCAUGCUGUUGUUCACACUUGUUCGUAUUGCAGUUAGUACACCGGCCAUCAGUACGCUCUGUACUUCAGGGCUUGCUAAAGAAACGUCUGCUUCCGGCUGAGCACUGUAUUACCAAAAUCAAGAGGAAUUUUAGCAGUGUGGCAGCCUCCUCUGGCAACGCAACCCUCAAUGGCGAGGACGGAGUGGAGCAGACGGCCAUCAAAGUGUCUCUGAAGUGUCCAAUCACAUUCCGGCGGAUCCAGCUUCCAGCAAGAGGCCAUGACUGCAAACAUGUACAGUGCUUUGACUUGGAGUCCUACUUGCAGCUGAACUGUGAACGGGGGACGUGGCGGUGUCCCGUAUGCAAUAAAACAGCGCUGCUGGAAGGCCUCGAAGUUGACCAGUAUAUGUGGGGCAUUCUGAACGCCAUACAGAACUCAGAGUUUGAGGAAGUCACAAUUGACCCAACGUGCAGCUGGAGGCCUGUCCCAAUCAAGUCAGACAUUCACAUCAAAGACGAUCCUGACGGGAUUCCUUCCAAGAGGUUUAAAACCAUGAGUCCCAGCCAGAUGAUCAUGCCCAACGUGAUGGAGAUGAUUGCGGCUCUGGGCCCAGGUCCAUCACCUUACCCAUCAAUCCCGCCUCCGCCAGGGAAUGCCAAUUCCAGCGAAUACAGUAACCAAGGCAACAGUUACCAAGGUCACAGCAAUUUUGAUUUUCCGCAUGGGAAUCCUGGUGGAACUUCUAUGAACGACUUCAUGCACGGGCCGCAACUGUCACACCCUCCAGACAUGCCCAGUAGCAUGGCAGCUCUCGACAAACCCCUAAGUCACUCCAUGCAAGACCCCAUCUCUCAUCCUGGCAGCACGGAUCAGUCCCAUAGUUCCAUGCAGCAAGGUUUGCACGUACCUCAUCCCAGCAGCCAGUCAGGGCAGCCAUUACAUCACAGUGGUCCGCCUACCCAACAGAGCCGGCAGCCACCACCGGCCGCUUCUAGCAACCAUCCACACAAUGACCUGGCCUUUAACCCCUCCUCAGCCUUAGAGGGCCAGGCUGGUGGGCAGGGUGCGUCCGACAUGCCGGAGCCGUCACUGGAUCUGCUUCCAGAACUUACAAAUCCAGACGAGCUCCUUUCCUACCUGGAUCCUCCUGAUUUACCAAGCAAUAGCAACGAUGACCUUCUCUCUCUCUUUGAGAACAACUGAAGCCUUCUGUGUUCUGUCCCUGACACCUUUCACUUGUUUGACACGUCUGUAGCUUCACAGCGAGGAAUCCCACACAACCCUUUUUUUCCCGUGAGGACAACUUGAGGAAACAAUGCACACAUUCUUCAUCUCAGAACUUGCUUGUGUCAAGCUUCAUGAAUUGUGGGGUGGAAAGAGAGAAGAUAAGAAGGGGGUGACCUCCAAGCCUGCCACUCCACAUCACGGACUGUUUAUGCAGCUACAGAAAACGUCAUUUGUUCGGUCUGCAGAAAGAGAGAUUGAGCUUUGGGAGACGCGUAGCAUGAAGUAUCUGGGUAGAAGCGAGUCUCACCAAGGGAAGAAAAGGCAACAAAACUAUUCUAAGCAGCGAGUUUCAGAAUGUCCUUCCAACUGGGUUCUUCCAUGAGCUUUUUUCCCCCUGUGGUGUCUCUCCCUCCCCCAGUCCAUAUGUUUGGGUCAGACAGAAUAAGGACAGAAUUUAUUUGGCAAUGCAUCAAGCCUAGCCAAGCAAACUCAAACCACAAAUCAUAUACCAAAAAGCACAAAAAAAAAAAGAUGUCACAACUAAGAUAAAAACACAAAACUCAUCAAAGGGAGGCUUCUGUUCUUUGGACGGUCAUUUCUGUGUGAUAGAAGAGUCCAGUGGAUCUCCGGGCUGCAGCAAAUGUGUUUUUCUAAAUUGUAAAUUUUAUUUUUUUUUAAAUAAUCUUUUGGGCAGGGUAGCCCUUUUGCUCUGACACAGAGACAUGGAGACUUGUUUUCUGUCUCUUCCCCACCCUUCUUUCUUACAGGAUUUGUUUUCAAAGGGCAAACCUUUUUAUGACCAUAUUAAUAGCCAACCAUUAAAUGGGAGGGAGGGGUUUGAAUCAUAAUCCCAAGUGAAAGAGAAUAAACUAUAAAAUGUUGGAUGUCUUCACAAGUUUUCUUAACCUGCAUAGUUAGACCAUUGCUCAGUCCUAGCUGGGGCAAAAAGCUGGGAAGGGAGAACGACAAGAUGGUGGAAAAACCACGCCCAGUAGAUUUCUAUACGGUUGGCUUGAAAGAAGUGUUUGCAAUGGAAAAGAGACCCUCUACAACCCCCCAGAGUUUCUUCUUCCUAUUUUCCAGAUUGUUAAAUGGGAUUUGACUUUUUCAUUUUCUUUUGCAAGUUUGUUGUAUUCUUUUAGCUGCCAGGACUGUUUUCUAAAUAUUUUUCCCCAAGGAUAAUGGGCAUGAGAAGUAUUAGUCUCUUUGGUACAACAGUACUGUGCCCUCUCUUGCCACCAUGCUUCCGUGGUCUUUGUGCUUUUCAUGUGGUUGCCUCCCUCCUGCAUGAGCUUCCUGUCGCUCCCAGGCCCAUUUCUGUGCUCUCGGUCAUUCUCUCUUAUAAAUUUUGUAUAGUAUCUGUAUGUCGAAACGUGCAUGUGUGCCAACUCUGCCCUGGCGGGCCAACAUUUUGUCUUCUGCCCACUGUGUACAAAUCUUGUUUCCUUUGUGAAUAAAGAGACUUUAGUGGCUUCCUUCCCCAUCCAGAAAUCAGAUCAAAUAUAUCCCAUAUUUGAUUUUCAGAACUAGGCUUUCAAUUUUGUGCCAGAUGAACUCUUGCUUGUCGGUUUCUGUAUGUAAGCGCCACCCACCUUGCCUCUGUGAAUGGCAUGACCUGGGCAUUCCAUUCCAAAUUUGCUCUCUUCACCAAAGUCAUGCUUGUAAAUUCUUUGCGUAUUUGUUUUUAGCACCUACCACCACACACACUAGUCCACAGCACCUUGCUGUAGAUAUUACAGGAAAUGGCAGUUUUAGUUCCUCUUUUUCCAGCGGGAGUGUUGAAUUUGUAAAACAUUUUAUGUAGAGAUGAGUUGACACUUAUUUUGUCCCAGUCCCCCUUUUUAUUGAGGUUUUGUUUGUUUGUUUCAAACAAAGCGCUGUUCAUUAUGCAAAAAUCAAUUAUUUUAAGAAUUGCUUUUGUAAAUACCUUUUGUGAAUAUUUUAGUAUUGUCUUUGAUAAUAAUAUUCAGUGUUUUCAUGAUCUGGUUAUACUUGUGUUUUAAAAUACAUAGUCUUUGCAGGGGGAAACAGGUCGUCUUUUGGGGUUUUUUUUUUUUUGGUUAAGGGUUCUUGGAUUGGGGAAGCUUUUCUUUUGACAAAUUAGCGGGGGGGGGGGGCUCCAUUUCUUAAUCUGGUUUCAUGCAUUCGACCAAUAUCCUGAACUGCACUCAAAAGAAAUUGUUACGAGCAGGGCUUUUUUUCUGGGAAAAGAGGUGGUGGAACUCAGUGG